AUGGCCGCAGCGCCGGAAGGGGCGGGGGGCGCCGCGGCCCUGCCCCGCGGCACGGCCAUGGUCAACCUGGGGCUGCGGCGGGUGGAGGACAGCGUGGCCGCCAAGCACCCGGCGCUGCAGCAGUACGCGGCCUGCCAGUCCUACGCCUUCAUGAAGGGUAUCGGCACCUUCCUGGCAGGCAGCGGAGCCGCCUUCGCCGUGCAGAAGCUGCUGAACAAGAAGCUGCCGUACAGCCUGCAGUGGAGCGUGCUGGUGGCUGGGGCCACAGGGUCCCUCGCCAGCUACGUUGUAACCAGAGCUGAGACGCAGAAGUGCUCUGACUUCUGGCUUUACCUGGAGAUGGGCAAGUCUCCCCAGGAGCUCACCGUGGCUGGUGGGAUAUCUCAUCCCACAGAGAUUCUGCCCAGCCCAGAGGACAGAGGGAGCACAGCACAGCCACUGAGGAGGAACAAGUAUGGGGACGUCGUAGAGUAGCCAGCAGAGCACAGCAAACUCUGCCCCUCUCC